UUGAGAAGUUCCUCCGGAGCUUCCUGUCUGUUAAUCCACUUGUUGAGCAGAGGAGAGGGGCGGGGAAGCGCUUACGGACUUACAUUUUCACCAGAACUCCAAUCAUGUCGCAGGCAAACGGCUAAACGGCGCCCAGACAGAGCAGCAAAGCCGGCAGUUGAGCACCAUGUUGAGUUUGAGCAGAGCUGGUGUCCUCGGCGCCUCCGUCGCUGUGGCGGGAGGAGUCGCUUAUCUUAUCUGGAACUAUGCGUCCUCCUCCGGGGAGGAGAAGCCCGAAACACGCCUGGGAGAGGACGGUGAAAGUGACAGAGAGCAGAGGGAAGGAGAAAAGGAGGAGAUAAGAGAGGAAGAGACUCCGGUGAUUAAAGCUCAGCAGCAGCAGACACAGUUUGCUGAGCCCACAACGGCCGUGGUUGAACCUGUAGCAGCUGCUGAAGCUUGGAACACAUCACAGUCCCAGCCUGUGGAGUCAGAGGGAACACAGGUUCUGGUUCUGGGUCUCGAUGGAUCCGGAAAGACCAGCCUGCUGCAGUCUUUGUCCACCGGCCGCCCGGAGCAGGACAUACAGCCGACACAGGGCUUCAACGCCGUCUCCAUCAACAAAGAUGACUGCUAUAUCGAGUUUCUGGAAAUUGGAGGUAAAGAGGAUCUGCGGCCAUAUUGGCAGAAAUACAUGCCCAAAGCACUGCUGCUGGUGUUUGUAGUCGACUCGUCCAACCCGCAGCUCUUUCCAGUGGCGAAGAAACACCUACACGAGCUGCUGGCCUCUCGUCCGAGCCUGCCUUUAAUGGUGCUGGCCAACAAACAGGACCUUCCAGGUUCCUGCAGCAUCACUGACCUCCACGACGCUCUGUCUCUGUCCGAGCUCGGAGACCGGCGCUUGUUCCUCAUCGGUACCCACGUGAAGAAGGGCGAGACGGAGCUGAGCUCUGGUGUGCAGGACGCUCAGGCCCUGAUCUCCCAGUUGGUUUGUGACGGUUUAUGAAACGCACUGUUAACUCCUGUCACUUAAUCACAUUCAGUGAGCUUUUUGCACUUUUUUUUUUACUUUACUGUUUUCACUACAUCUGUAGGCUAAACCUCUGGUAUUUAUUUCUUUUGGUAUUUCACGUUUGUGAGGAGAAAAAAACCCUCACUGUGUUUGUUGGCCUGUUAAAUUUUUUAUUGAUUUGUGUCAAACUGGGAGAACACAAAAUCAUUAUCUCUAUUUUUGUCCCGGCAGGUGAUGUAUGGAGCCACAAAUGUUAACAUUUACAAGACUGUUACUGUGUUUUAAAUCUUUAAUUCCUUCUAAUGUUGUUUGGAGCUGCAGUUGCAGUAGUUUUCAAAUCGAUCUUAAUGAUUUAAAUGUGUCAGCGUAUUUCAUAUUUGCAUACAAAUCUCAAGCUGCUUAAAUUCGUCAUAUCAGCUGAGACAAGUGGCCCAAACGAACUUUUACUGACUGAGAUCUCAAAUUAAAACAUAACAUUUUGUGCUUUUGGACUGUACACCACCACGGUGAACAUCAAGUCCAGACUUUCAGCUUUAAUUCAUGGGUUUUAAUAGAAGUGCUGCAUGAACUGUUGAGGAAUUACAGCCAUUUUUAUACACACCCCUCCUUCUCCAUACAUUUGUCUACCCAUUAUUCUGGUAAAAGUUAGUCUUGGUUUAAUCUCUUCAAACGUAUAUAUAUUUAUAUGAUUUUUGACAAAGUGUGAUCGGGCUUUCCUGGAUUGUACACUAACAGUGAUAUGCCCACUCCCUUAAAUUUAAGCUAGAAGUCUGCACAUCUACUGUUUGAUUAAAAAUCCUCUGUGGUGGUGUAUGGAAAAAGGCAAAAUUACAACAACAAAAAAUUCAUGAAGGGUUUAACUGUUAAAAUGUUAGAAAGUGACACCUUUUUGCCAUGUGGGGCCGCUAAAGUGCAAAACCUUGAAACAUUUAAGCAUAACUGAAAAAACCAAACAAACAUGGAGAUGGAUCUCUGCUGCAAUACUGCUGCUUUAUUUUGAGUUUAUUAUCGCUCAGGAGUGUUACAGCUUUAAAAACACACGUAUGUAACAAGUUCAUUGUUACCUUAUUCAUUGUGUGUUGUCUUAAUGCUUUAAAAGGGAGUUUGUUUGUUUUUUUUAUCUUAAAAACUGAAUAAAACUAUUUUUUUUGUCAAUGUCUGUUUAAAACUCUGAACUGUCAGAUAAAGACAAAGCACAUCACUGAAAUACAGAACAUCUUCAUAUGUAACACUGUGGUGAUUUAAAAGGGCGCAUUACUUUUUAUUUUUUGUGACUCCUAUUUUUCCAAAACCAAAACAUGCAUUUUACAGUAAUGUGUAAACAGUUUGAUGAUGUCUUAUUGGCCAUUUUUUCACAUUUAAAUAAACAGUUUCCACUGAAUUAUUCUUUUGCAUUAAAUUUUUAGGGUUUUGAACCAUUGACCUUUCACAUAGUUUUGUUUACGACAGCACAGCUCUGUGUCGUUGCUCGUGUGAGCACAAAGCCUCAUCACAAACAUAGCACUUGACAUUUAGUCACUUCACACCAUUGGAGCACAUUUAUAUUUUGAAUCGAGCUCUCCAGAAUGCCACAGCAACAGUCCGCCUCCCAACUGACCUAGAAGUGUCCACUUUCCUUAUAACGUUCAGCUUCUGAAGUCUUGAGUGGGCCGGAUGGUUGAGUUAACCACACAGACUCCAGUUUCAGGGCGUCCUCAGGUGUGGAGCUGGUUGCUAAGGACUCCUGCUGUGGCUAUGGAGAGAGUAAUGUGACAUCAGGCUGACGCAUCCAGCUCACAGCAGCCGCAAGGGGAGAUGGUGUCUGGAAAACAAGCUGUUCAGUCCACAUUUGGUCCAUCACAGAGGUGAAAUGGUUUUGAUCUUUAUGCAUUUCUCAGACAGUUAAUCAUUCUCAAUAGAUUUGGUGUGUUUGUGUAAUAUAUUGACCACUGUAAGGAGAUAUUGUGCUUUGCAACAUUCCUACCAACUAUAAACUCAGGAAUAAACAGCUGAUACAGCAUUUUCUUGCUCAAGAGUUUUCCACCAUAUCGGGUGUAACAAAAUGUAGGUUGUGAGGGGGGAAAAAUGUAUCCCCCGAUAGGUUGGCGAAGGGAAAUCGGUCGCAGAGACAAUACUUUUCCAA